AUGAGCUCAACGUCCAAGGCAAGAAAGAGGGCUUGCGACUCUUGUUACCGCCGCAAGAUCCAGUGUGAUGCUGAGUCACCAAAGUGUAAUUGGUGUUCCCACCACAGUCUGGACUGUACUUUCAACAGGCCGACACGGGUCAAGAAGACUGCCAAAUCCAAAAAAGAGCCCAGACCAGAAGGGUUGUCUCAGCGCAUCGAAAGACUGGAGCAGUUCCUAGCAAACAAGAUCACCCAGCAGCAGGAUGACCGCCCCGAGCCCGCAGCCGAGUCGCAACAGUCAGCCUCUUGCGGGUCGUCGUCAAAUAGCCAGGUCGACUCCCCGGGCCGCUUAGGUGAUCAGGCCUUCUCCUGUCCCGACAGCGCUAUUGGAUCCUUCGGCAAGCUCCAUUUUGCUGGAUACCACCUUGGCGAGAUCAGCUUGGGCAACGGCGUGCCUCUCUUUUCUUCUGGUGGAAGGCGAUGGAUUGAAUCCCAGACGGGUCAAUCACUUGGUUUCGCUCAGCUCGACCUUCCUCUUUGGCAUAAUCAUGAUCGCGACCAUGAUGCCUUUGCCUCUCCAUCAGACACCGAGUUACCUGACCUGAAGGUAACCGAAGAGUACUACAAUUUCUUUUGCAAUGGCCAUAUACGGUAUGUAUUCCCCAUUGUUGAUACAGAGCUCUUCAAGCAGACUAUUGCUGCCGCAUACGAGCCUCCUGGGCGGGGUCCAAGAUACCAACAUGCUCGAGCCAAGGCCUGUGUCCUCUCCUUUCUCAGCAUCAUUAGUUUCAUGGAGCCAUCGGCCAAUGUGACGCCUGUGGACUGUAACGCUUGCGCCUUGAAGGCACAGUAUCUCCUCCCCCAAGUAAUGGUGGACACAAGCCUUGAUGGACUUCAGAUUGCCUUCAUGCAGGGCAUGUUCAACAUGUUCUCUGGUCUCUUUGAAAAGGCAGUCAUGUUCCAUGCCUUGGCUUGCCGCAUAGUCUUGAUACUGGGUGGGCACACUCAAGCGAUCGAUCCUUCAUCUCCCCGACCGGACAGCGAGACGGAGAAUUCCUGGCGCAUCAAGUGUCACAUCCGCAAAUACUUUUGGAUGUGCUACUCGUUCGAUAAAGACGCGGCGAUCCGUUCAGGUCACCCUCCUGCUAUCUCAGACGAGCAUUGCAAUCUCACCUUGCCCAGCCAGUACUCUGAUCCAAAUCAAGAGCUACGAAUCGACUCGGUCGGGAAUCCGUUUCUGCCAGGAGACUUGCGGCUAGCUCUCAUCAAGUCAAAAGCUGGCAGGCUUCUGUAUUCUGCACAAGCCUUGCUAAAGUCGGAUGCCGAGCUGCUGCGGGAUAUCCGUGAGCUUGAUGAUGAAUUGGAGGAAUGGCGAAUGGCCAUCUCCCCAUCAUAUCGCCCAAGCCUGUCAUAUCGUGAGAGCGAUGGUGGCAUCAACCACAAUCUAAGCGUGUCUGAAAAAAUGCACCAUAUCAUUACAAAUUUCGAGUAUCAUUAUCUGGUGGCCACCAUACACCAGGCCACAAGUCGUUGUAGGUCGUGGGACAAUCGCGACAGCGGCGAAUCGGAAGGCGUGAGCUCUAGUCUGGCCUUGUCUGUUGAAGCAAGUCGGUCAACUCUGCUUUAUUUACGUACAGCUGUGGAGGCAUUGGCAGGAGAAUCAUUCUGGAUGGUCAUUUUUUACCCCAUGACGGCGAUCCUGACAAUAUUUUGCAACAUCUUACUCAACCCAUUAUGCUCGAGGGCAAACGAAGAUCUCGAGCUUUUGCGGACUGCACCCCAUUUCAUCAAGAAUAUUCGCAUACCCAGACUGACCGAAAAUGAGAUCAGCCAUAUGAAGAUGAUUGAAGAUUUCGUGGCCGAGUUGAUCCGGCUUGGGUCGCACGCCAUCCUGAAGGCUCAGGGUGCGCAACAAUCAUUCCCACACCACAUAUUGUCGCACGAGUCACCAUAG